AUGCCAGAACUGUUUGCCGACAUUCCGACAGGUCAAACCACCGCUCAGCAACAGCACGCUUUUCUCCGCAUUCACGCACCUUUCUAUCGCGCCGCCGCCCACACAGGGGAAGGGCCUCUGUUUCUUUUCAUGCUCUACCGUCAGUAUCGCGGUCGCUGGCCUGUGGAUCGCGACCAAUACCCAUCGUUAGAGGAGUGGACCCGAGCGAAUGACGUACAAGAGAUCAUCAUCAAGAAAAAGAUGGCGUGGCUCCGAAUGACGUCUCCCAAAGUGGUCCUUCCAGUAUCAUGGCGGGAGCUCAUCAACUUGCGGCCCUCCGAGCGCUUUGGCGAGAUCGCGGCCGACAUCCUCGGCAAGCUCGGAGUAGCCACCUGCCCUCGCAACAACAUCGUGCAGGACAAGAAACAUGUCAAGCGCACUAAGACCUCCGUCUCCUCCGUCUCUUCACGCGUGGCCUCAGGUUCUGGCACCAAGGAAGAUCCUUACGUCCUCGAGUCGGCGUUGGAGAUUUCGGGGUCUGGCACCAAGCAGGACCCCUAUAUGCUUGGCCACGACGAGUAG